AUGACGACCUACAUCCCAUCCCUGACGAUCCCCUCAGCUGUCCUCCAGCACCCCGCAGCAUCCGUGCUACUCCCAAUAGCUCUCGGAACAGCUGUCGGGUUUGGAACGCGCCGUACGCGUCUAGCUUCUGCCUCGUCGCACAACACCAAGCUGACUGUUUAUCCAGCGACGGAGACCCAAAAAACGUACUUGGCCUUGAAGCAGCCUCCUCUGCGACCACCACCUUGGCUAUUUGGUCCAGUAUGGACAGUCAUCUAUGGCAUUAUGGGUUACGCAUCCCACCGCAUCGCCACAAUCGGCCUCUCAUCCAUCUCCCCCGCAACCGUGGAAACGGCGCAGUCCAGUCUAACUCUCUACACGGUCCAGCUUGGCCUCAAUCUCGCCUGGAUGCCACUCUUCUUUGUGGCUAAGCGCCCCAUCGAAGCAAGCAUCGACAUUGUCACACUCAUCGGACUGAAUGGGUAUUUGGCAUAUCUUUGGGGCUCGAUUGAUGAGGUUGCUGGCUGGUGUCAGGUUCCGUAUCUAGGUUGGCUGGGCUUUGCAACGUAUUUGUGUGUUGGGGCAGGAUAUUUGAAUGGUUGGGACUUGCAUGAAAAGGAGGUGAAGCAGGAGUAG